AUGAAGCUUCAAAAACUCCUCGAGCAAGCACUCAAGUUGAAGAGAUGGUUGAAUGCAUGGCGCAUUUGUGAUUUCACAAAGAACAAAGAGCACUGGCGAAAGUACGCAAUUGCAGCUAUGCAAAACGCUGAUGUUGAAUUGGGUUCAUGCAAUUCCAUAAAUUAUCAUUCAGCAAUUCGGGUGAUGAAACAAAUUGAUGACGUUUCAAUGGUAUGGGCGCUGGAAGAGAUUCAAUACAUUGAGGAGCGUAAUCUUCUUGCUGGUCACUUGGCACUUAUUAUGGAACAGUUCGAUGUGGCUGAAUCAUAUUUUCUAAGGUCCACUAAGCCAACAGAAGCGCUUGAUGUACGGGUUUUGCUGCACGCUCAAACAGAUUCGAGAAACAAUUUUGAUGAGGUGCUAUCGGAUUGGCGUAUGAAAUUGAAUGAUACAUUUGAGCAUUACAAUGAAAUACCAAGAGAAUUUUAUUCACAGAUGCGUCGUGAUUUACUGCAUUGGGAAAAGGCUCUGCAGUUGGCCAAUCGACUAGCACCCGAGCAAAUUCCAUUCAUUUCAAAAGAAUACGCGCAACAACUGGAGUUCAUGUGA